AUGAAUGUAUUUAAAAACUUGAACUUGCUCGGCAACAUUUUAUCAUUUUUAAACCCAUUUGAGCUGUUUACAUCAAUUUUGCUGGUAAACAAGAGUUUUAACUAUGCUUCUAAAUCGUACUGGGAAAUAGAAAAAAUAUUAUCGAACAUGCUUUCAGAUAUCUUUUGAUUGCCACGCCCAAUCGAAAAUCCAGGAAUACAUAUUUUUGCUGGGUUAAUAAAGCAUAAAAAUAAAAGAGUUAGAUCAAUGAUCAAAAAUUUAAGUACAGUAUUAAUUUAUUUUUAUAAAACUUUGGUAUAUACAUAAAAUGGCGGACGGCGACCGCCCACCCUCUCAGUGGUGGUACCCAUGUAUAUCCGGGCAUGGUUUUUUGAGAGCAGGAGUUAGCCCCAACAACGUCUGGGACCUCGAAGCUAGAGGCUUAAGCGCAAAAGCCGCUGUUUUUGUGACCAGACCCAUGGGCAGUUACUCGUGACUUCUUUUUGCCAGCGCUCAGCCCAGUGAGUGCCCGAAAUGAGGCAGGGCGACUUACCUGCCUAAGCUGCUUUUGUGGCUCGCCCCCCGAAUGGCGAAAGCUGUUGAGUUCUUUCUCGGGAUGACCGGAAAAGAGGGGAAGGCGAGUUAGACAACUAAACUGGGGUCUCUCCAGUUUAAAAGGUGCCCUUCAAUGGGCAGAUCUGGCGGACGACGCGGCAGUGUUGGCGUAAACUUAGGCGACGAUCCAAGUUGGAAAUGGAGGCGGUCAGCAAAGCUGGUAUGAGACGGCCCUUGACAUUGCCUCUACCGAGAAACAGGGGGUUUUCGGCCCGGCUUGGUGAACGCUCUGCCACCAUACGGGAAACCGUAGAAUGCUUCCUCGGACGUAGUGGGGACCUUAAAAUACCUAGCGUUAAGCUAAUCUAAUCUAUAAAACUUUGGUUAUUUUUUAAAUAUGUGCUUUGUUUUUGAAUAAAUGCUGUAUGUGCAAUGAUUGCGGAAGAUUUCUUAAAAAGCUUGGGCCAAACAGCUAUGAUAUAUUUGUGAGACCAGCAACUGAAGAAGAAAAGAUAAAACUUGGAGGUGUGAAUUUAGAUAAAAUUUUCUAUACAAAUACUCUAAUUUUAUGCGCUCUCGGUUAGGCCUGCACCCUAAUUUUUGCAUAUAACGCAUUAUGUUUUGAUAUGCAAUAUUCAAUUUUACACAAUAGCAAAUAUGAAAAGCAUCGACUUAUUGCAUUCAAUAAAUGCUUUUAUUUACAUAUAUUAUCUAACCAUUACCAUAAAUACAAUAAUAUCAGAAAUGAAGACCACCCUAUAACUUUGGAAAGUCCAGAUCCAAGUGAAUGAUAUAUAAUUUCGCGGUAUUGAUUUGAAUUUGUAGCUGAUAUCGGCACAAUGAACUUAAUUUCAGAUUUCAAGAACUCUGACGAAGAAUGGGCAUAUGAAAAAUAUUUAAAUUUUGAACUAAUCAUUGGGUCAUGCAAUAGAAACUCUUCAACAAGGCAGCAAAAGGCAAGAAUUUAUUUAACAAGCCAAAGAGAUGCAUUUUAUUUAGUUUCCUCUUAUCAGCACGUCUAUAUCCCUGGCAUGCAAUUAGUGUGAUCUAGCCUUAGAAAUCUUUUGUCUGGGUCAUAAAUAAAAAAUCUGAUUGAUUAAUGAACUGGCAAGAAAAGCUCAGAAUUUCAAAGUUCAUUGGCUUGCCACCAAAAGUCCAGCAAGUCAGCAAAAUAUUCUUUAAUACUUUUAUUCUUCAAGGACAUUCUGAAAGCAUGUUAGAAGUAUAUUUUUAUAUAGACAGGAAUCUAUUAGAAUUAUUCAAACAAAGUUGUCAUGGGAUUUGUGAGAAAUUUAGUGAUUUAUUUUGGUUUAAAAGUAGAAAAAGGAUCGCUUUUAUGGUUUUGGAUAUUGUAAAACAUUUAAUUUUAGCUAACUCAGCGGUAAUUUAUUGCAGAGAAGCAAAAAUAAAUCACUUAACCUAG